AUGGAAUUGAACAUUAUUUUCUUGGAUAUUGACGGAGUGCUAUGUCUUAAUCGACGAAUGAAUCAGGUCUGUUUGGAAAACUUGAAAACUAUCGUUGACAACACAUCUGCUCGCAUCGUUUUAUCAUCUUCAUGGAAAUUGUUUCCAAAGUCACGUACACAAAUCGAAACGUCAUUUAGAGAGAUUGGAAUCGAUCCGAUCAUUGGAUGGACUGGUACUCAUAACAAAACUAUCGACGACGAUAUCUUAAUUAGAAAGUGGAUUGCGAUUGAUGAUAUGGAUUUAUUGAAAUUAGAUCCGAAGCGAAUGCAAGAUCAUUUUGUUUUGACAAGCGAAGAGCAUGGAAUCACAAAAGAAAAUGUUCAAGAAGCUAUCCGAUUACUUUCUUACUAA